UCUGUUUCCAUCAGUUGCUGACCAGUUGCGAUAACAAUCAAGCACAAUGCAAAAACAGAGUGUAGCGGCCCUUUUCGUUCUACUUUCUUUGGGAACAGUUUCUACGACCUCCAUUCCGGUACCGGAACCAGCUGUUAAGCAGGAAAAUGCCACCCAGGUAGCUCCGGAUGGAGGCGUUAUUGAGAUCCAGAAACAAUGUGCUGCCCAAGCUGGACUUCCGGAAGAUAUGAAUGAGGAAGCAAUGUUGAAGAAUCGGGACAAGGUGGCCUGCAUGCACCAAUGUGUGAUGGCCAAAUUCAAUCUUACCGAUUCCGAUGGCAACUUGAAGUUCGAUCCGGUCGUCAAGGGAGUGAAGCAGUACUUCAAUGCCUCCCAGUGGGAAGUUCCCCUGAAGGAAGCUCUGAUCGAUGAGUGUUACAACGAAAAUAAGCAAGCGGCCAAGCCGGACGCGUGCAAUCCGAUGGCUCUCAGCUUCGGGGAAUGUCUCUGGAAGAAGAUCGAUGCGGCCUGUAAGACCCCGGAGGGACAGGGUUCUGGCCAGUGUGCCGCGGUUCAGGCUCAGGUCAAGCAAACGUGCCACUCAUUCUACCCGAAGGUUUGCGAUGCAGCACAGCCGAAGCCUUAAGUUGUGCUCAGUUAUGCACGAUGAAAGCGGAGGAUAUAUUUUUCUAUAUGAAAUAUCAUCAUAAUUCUAGUCAUAAGCACCACAUUUAUGUCGGAAAUGGGUUGUAUCAGUAUUAGAAUUAUAAAAUUUGCAAAAUUCUCCAUUUGUAUGAUCAGUUUUUGCAGCAGUGAGUUAGUUAUUGAUAAAGUCGAUAAGAAAACGAAAGAUUUGAAACUUAAGGUAUGUGCUAUUUACUCGAAAAUAAAUGAUUCAUGUAAAUGGGAACUGAAACUAUUUCCUCUGUAAUUAAA